UGUCGCCAGAAAGCCUGAUCCUGGACCAGCUGUCGACCAGCAGUUAACAGCUGUAGACCGAGUGAAGCCAACUGGAGAUCGGUUGUCAAGAGGUCCGAAUUGUUUUGGCGAACGUGUCGUGUGGGAGACUAAAGAAUGUAUGUAACCUUAAUUCGGUCCGAGUCUGGAACGCCGCUGAUCCAAGAUGACCUUAACGUGGAUCUGAGUUCCCAGGCAGUCUUUGACAGUGUUGACAAGACGGGGAAAAAUUCCGUACCAGCAGAGAAGAGCCGCGUUACUCCCAUCCACUUGCGUCCGGAUCUACUGGUUCCCUGCGCAGACCUGGUCAACUCAGAGUGGAAGAGGAGCCAAGCCGCCCGUGUUCACUCCCUGCAGAAAUCCUGCCCGGAUUUCCCCGUCUGCCUGCUGCUGCUCCUGCAGGGUCCGCAAGAGGCCGAAAGGCUGCUCGGACACGCCCGCCUCUCAAGGGUUGUCGGUCACGACGACAGCCUGUUUGUAGAGUCGGUGGUGGUGUCCAAGGCGGAGCGAGGGAAGGGCUACGGCCGAACUCUGAUGGAGGAAACCGAAUUGUACGCCAGGAGCCGAGGGUUCAAGCACCUGUGUUUGACCACCCACGAUAAGCAGCGCUUCUACGCCCACCUGGGCUACACGCUGUCCACACCCGUGCAGAGCGCGGGCGCCAUGGCGUCGUUUGUUCCCAUGGAGACCCUGCUCAGGUUCUCCGGGGUACCAAACGGAGGGGUGAGUGUGCAGAAACAAAGGGAUGCUCAAGUCCAAAAGGGGACGAGUCUUCCUCCGCCUCCGCCUCCGCCUCCACCUCCUAUCUCCUUCAUCCCUCCCCUGCCAUUAGAAGCAUCACCUGUGGUUCAGUCCCUCACAGAAACCCCUCACAGAGACGCGAAGGGGAUGUCCAUUUUCUGGAUGCACAAAGACCUGUGAAGGACACUUUGGGAGAAAGGAAAUUAUUGUAAACCCUCAGAAAGGAAGAAAUAGCACAAUAGUGUUUUUUUAAUCAAUCAUCCAUCCAUCCAUUUUCUACCGCUUGUCCCUUUUGAGGUCACGGAGGGAGCUGGAGCCUAUCUCAGCUGCAUUCGGGCGGGAGGCGGGGUGCACCCUGGACAAGUCGCCAACUCAUCGCAUCAAUCAAUCAAUCAAUGUUUAUUUAUAGGGCCCUAAAUCGCAAGUGUCUCAAAGGGCUGCACAAGCCACGACGACAUCCUCGGUUCAGAGCCCACAUAAGGGCAAGGAAAAACUCACAACCCCAAUGGGACGUCGAUGUGAAUGACUAUGAGAAACCUUGGAGAGGACCGCAGAUGUGGGUGA